AUGGAGUUACGGGAACGCCUGGCAGCAGUUAUCAAUCGAGAAGUCAUGCUAACAGACAGUGGGGCAAUAUCUGCCGUGAUUGCUGAAAAUUUACAGACAUUUCGACAAAGAAUUGAACUUGAUGAGAUUCUCUUAUGCUUGAAGAAGAAAAGCAUUAUCGAGCAUGAUGAAUACAUUGAAUGUACGAAUCAUACAAAAAAUAAGAGCAAGAUACAAGCGGACUUCAUUUUGGAAAAGAUACCCCGAGCAGGGGAUAAGGCCUUCCCAGCAUUAUUGGAGUGCCUCAAUGAGAAAUAUCCGGAUUUCGUAGAAACACUGCUGAAGGCAAUGGAGAAGAAGGAUGCAAAUUAUGCCCAGACUCUUCGAGAUGGCAAGUACAUUGGUUUCAACUUUCGAUGCCAUCAGGCUCUCGUUUCGGAUCAUUUCAUGAAGAGUCGCAAACUCCUCCUAUCCUGGGUGUCGACAAGGUUGAAGAGAAAUGUCAGUGUUUUUGCCGUGAACUCAGAGACGUUGCAUCGCCGAGGCAGUGCGAGCAAAACUGUGGGCAAGAUGUCAUGGAUCAUUUCAAGUAUACAGUUUCAUAAUGAAUACAACAAAGUUUCUGUGGUUCACUCCAUGGACAUGGACAUGCACAGAUCCACCAGUGUAACGGGGAAUUGCAUGGCUGAAGCAAGCGUAAAGCAAAAACUAAAUGUGAAUAUCAACUUCUCGUAG